AUGGCUGCAUCAGACGACAUUUAUCUUGAUUAUUAUUCCUCUGAGUCCCUUUCUUCCAAAUGGAAUACGAAACCGUCUUUACCAUCGCGUCGGAUAGAGCUUAUUCCUCCCAAUGCGAUCGAUAUCAAGUCCCCGAGCUUGGGUGGUCCGCCAGCUUACGACCCCUCAUCGAUGUUUCACACUCAGCAGAAACUUUUCAGACAAAAGCUUCUUUAUGUCGCACCGUUAGGUUAUUAUGCGGUUCGUACCCUGCGCCCCUGGUGCUUUGGGAUAGAUACAGGUGACCAGACUUUCAGUUCUUGGGUUUCGACUUCCACGUCUGAAGGAGAAGAGCGAGUAAACUUUGGAGAUAUUAUUGCGCCAUGGGCUAAGGAAGACGUAUCUUUACUGGAUCCUACAACAUGGGCUUUCUUGGUUCGACAUUACAAUGGGCUCCCUGAACGCUAUUCUAGCUACCGUCUAGCUUUGAACGAUCCAUAUCUUCCCGUGCUUUCAGCCGUAUCGUCAACGCCAAAUUUUUCCAUUGUUGUCGUCCUAGACCUAUCAAAAUGUGAUGAUCUUGAUGAUAGUAACAUUAGCCGGCUCAAAUUGCGUCAAGAAUUUCAGGUCCACUCUAUUGUUUCGGGAUCCUGGCCCGUUACGUCUGAGAAGUUGGAGCUUACGAGGUUGCAUAAAAGUGGAUUGGUCAACGAUAUCCAUUAUGUAUACAUCCUGACUUACUUAGACCUCAGAGAAACCUCCGUGUCUCCAUUAAAAGGGAUACAUGCUACUUUGAAUUGGGAUUCUACAUCAAUCCUUCCUUCUCGGGAUCACUUGGAUUUCUUUUGGCCCCAACCUCAGUCUAGAAUUCCUAUCCUAAUACAUAAUCUUGAAAGUGCAGCAUCUUCACGCUGGGCCGAGGAUCCUGCAUUGGACGAUAAACCAAAGAAACCAUGGAUUAUUCAUGUUGACCGACAAUAUCCGAGUAGCCAAGGGUUGCAUCGAAGGGCUUAUUGGAAACCCGCUCGUCCAAAUGAUCAUCUACCUUGGUAUUCAUAUGAAUUUUCUGACGAGGAAGAGUUUGUCGAGGAAGGGCUUGAUUUUGACGACUAUGGUACACGUACCGAUUCAGGUUCAGAUCUGGGCUCAAAUUCAAGGAUUUCCAGCUCCAGUGGAUCAGAGCAUCCGGAUUUAUCUCAAGAAGAGUUUAACCCCUCCUCUCCUAUUGAACCUACUUCUUCUUUAUUCGGCGACAAUGAACUACCGACCCCACUGAGAAUGGACUCCACAUUGAUAGACCCCGAGGACACUGAAGCAACCCCUUCCAAUGCCGACAGCAGCCACGCCAACGAAAGUCGACCUCCACGCAACGACCUAGACCAACUUGCGGCAGAAGUUAUUGCUAAAGAAGCUGUAGAAUCUGUGAACAAUGUUCCCCAUUUUUAUGAUCCUAGAGCGCAAGCUGGACUGGCUCCCCCUAAAAUGCGAAAGCGGCGUAGAAGAUAUUCAUCUGCCUCGUCUGAGAGCUACGAUUCAGAUGAAGAGCGGGAGGCGGAAAGGAGGUUUGAAAUCGAAUGCAUCAGCAAUCAAGAUUGGCCACUCAUGCUAUUAAGAAAGCCUCAGGAAUGGGCCACCGAAACAUUACAAGCCAUGACGAGAGCUCAUAAGCCUAAUCAUUCUCAAAGCGAACUGGGGCGACCUGGUCUUUCCUGCACAAAAAAACGAAAGGUUGGUGCGAAUGAAAUGGCCCGCCGAUGGGCAUAUAUCAAGGCGUCCAACAAACCGCUUGCCCAGCCUCCCAAUCAGGAUCAGGCUUUACAGCAUGCUACUAUUUCCACCGCUUUCAACUCACUCUUCAUGGAUAAGAUACUUGAUAAAUUCAAUAAACUUCUGGGGGAUUUCCAACACCCUAUCGAGCAUUGGCAUCUGGUUCAUCCAGAGAAAGCCAACACCGUGUUUCAUGUCGGUCUCCAAGGCGAAGCUCUGUUGAACAAUCCCAAAUGGAACAAAGGCCUCGCGUUUACGGCUGAAGAACGAAAAGUGUUUGGUUUGAAUGGACGCUUACCGAGUAGCGUGCAAACUCUGGAUAAACAAUGUCAACGCGCAUAUCAACAAUUUACAAGCAGAGAGAGUGCAGUUCUCAAAAACUCAUUCCUCCAAAGUCUCAAGCAACAAAAUUGGGUGUUAUAUUAUUCGCUUUUAGCUAGGCAUCUCAAAGAAAUGAUGCCCAUCAUUUACACACCGACGGAGGCAGAGGCUAUCGCAAAUUAUUCCCACCUUUUCCGUAGAAGUGAAGGCUUAUUUUUAACAUAUUCUGAAGAAGCCGACAUGGAACGGGCCUAUUUGGACCAGACCCAACACCGACAAAUUGAUUUGAUCGUCGUUUCUGACGCAGAGGCAAUCCUGGGUAUUGGAGACCAAGGGGUUGGAGGCAUCGGUAUUUCAACCGCCAAGGCCACUGUUUAUUCGCUAAUUGGAGGCAUCGAUCCAUCUAAGGCUCUGAGCGUAACUUUGGAUGUGGGAACAGAUAAUCAGAAUCUGCUUGAUGACGAACUCUAUGUCGGCUGGCAGCAUAAGCGUGUACGAGGAGAAGAUUAUGAUCGUUUUGUUGAAAAAUUCGUCCAACUGGUCCGCAAGCACAAUCCCCAUUGUUUGCUUCACUUCGAAGACUUUGGGGUUACCAAUGCGCAACGCCUCCUUGAGAAAUAUCAGGCCAAACAUGCAGUUUUCAACGAUGAUGUGCAAGGGACUGGCGCGGUUACUUUAGCCUGUUUGAUGGCAGCAGUUGGGGUGACAAAAAGCAAGCUGUCCGACCAGAAGAUUGUUGUUUUUGGUGCUGGAACUGCAGGACUUGGAAUAUCACGUCAAAUUCGUGACGCAAUGGUGACCAUUGAUAAAAUCCCUCUGGACGAAGCCAAUAAGAAGUUCUACUUAAUUGACAAAGAAGGGCUUAUCAAGGCUAGCGUCCAGGGUGGUAUUAGACACGGAUUAGAAGAUUUUGUCCGAAGUGAUGAAGAAUGGGAAGAAUUCGAUACCAAAUCCAAGGUAGAACUGUUGGACGUUAUUAAGAAGGUCAAGCCAACGGUUCUGAUAGGGUGCUCCACAAAAGCUGGUGCGUUUACAGAGGAAGUUGUCCGUGAGAUGGGGAAACACGUUGAUCGCCCCAUCAUCUUCCCACUGUCCAACCCCAGCCGCCUUGUGGAGGUUGACCCAAAGGAUGCGAAUGAUUGGACGGAAGGGCGCGCAUUGUUGGCCACUGGGUCUCCUUUCCCUCCCACUAAGAACCCGAAUGGAAAGGAGUACAUUAUUGCGGAAUGCAAUAAUGCUCUGAUCUACCCAGGUCUGGGGCUCGGUGCCAUUGUUAGCAAAUCUCGCUCCAUGAGCGACACGAUGUUAUUGGCUGGUACUCAGGCAUUGGCGUCCCUUGCGCCCGCCCUCAAAGACCCAGACCAAGCUCUGCUUCCAGAUUUUCAGGACGCACGGCGCGCAAACUUUGAGGUGGCCGUAGCCGUGGCUGAGCAGGCCAUCGAUGAAGGCUCUGCAGGAGUCAAAUGGAAGAAAUCCGAAGUUCGGGAGAAAGUCAAGGCUAUUCAGUGGGAGCCUGUUUAUGGGACCUACAAAUAUGACCCCAAAGGCGAAAUUUAA